AUGGCUUAUUCUCAAGUAUCUGGUUUUACCGAUCAGUUUUCUGAGGCUGACUUUCUACAGUCAGACGAUCUACCUACCCCUAGCAAUACCUGCCGAACAGCCACGUCGGUUGCCCUGUCUGAUCCUCGCCAGUCUUCCCAACAGCUAGCACCAUCCUCGUUAAAACGCGUUGGCCCUCGGUUCCACCAGAUCUGGAUACUGUACGAUACAAAUCCUGAGAUGGAGCAAUCCCGCUUACAAUUUACGGAAUGGUGGCUACAGACCGAGUUCGGAGUAAAGGAGGAUGCUAGAGCUUCGAUCGGCUGGGAUAAUGAGAAAAGAUCAAGUGUUUAG